AUGUAAUUAUUUGUACCUAGAAUUCUGGUGGUCUUCUUACUAUGAGCUUAGAGCGAGACCUUCUUGACACUGAGCCCAUGAAGGAACUUAGCAGCAAGCGUCCUCUGGUGUCCUCUGUGGUUGAUGGGCAGUCAGUUCUCUUAAAGGGCUAUUCUGUGGAUGUUGACACAGAAGGCAGGGUGAUUCAGAGAGCAGCUUCCUAUCAUAGAGCUUGUGGAGAUGCUAAGGAAGAGUCUGGGUUACUGCCAUUGAUAUUCCUGUUUCUGUGUAAGUCUGAUCCUGUCGCCUACCUGAUGGUCCCAUAUUAUCCUAAGGCAAACCUGAGUGCAGUUCAAGCCAGCAUGCCUUUAACUUCAGAAGAAGCUUUAAAAGUCAUGAAAGGUGUUGCUCGAGGCCUACAUACAUUGCACAGUGCUAACAUAAUUCAUGGAUCACUUCAUCAGAACAAUGUAUUUGCCUUAAAUCGUGAACAAGGAAUUGUUGGAGAUUUUGACUUCACCAAAUCUGAGAGUCAGCGAGCCUCAGUGAACAUGAUGGUUGGUGGAUUGAGUUUGCUAUCACCUGAAUUGAAAAUUGGAAAACCUCCUUCUGAAAGUUCAGACUUAUAUGCUUAUGGCUGCCUUUUAUUGUGGCUUUCUGUUCAAAAUCAGGAGUUUGAGACAAAUGAAGAUGGAAUGCCAAAAGUGGAUCAGUUUCAUUUGGAUGAUAAUGUCAAAUCCCUCCUCUGUAGCUUGAUAUAUUCCAGAAGUUCAAUGACUGCUGAGAAAGUUUUGAAUGCUGAAUGUUUCUUGCUUCUAAAGGGGAAGUCAAUUCCAAACCCAGAAAAAGAGACUGAGUAUGCUCAGCAAAACAAAGAAGAUGAAUCAAAGAUGGAGAGCUUAGAUAGAUAUAAAGAAAGACAAGAAGUGGUGAAGCCAACCCUCGACUUGACAAAUUAGUCUUCUAUUGUUGCCAUACUUGUCCCUUUAAAAAUGUUCUGUUUCUUUGGUAUACAAAAAUGUGUGUAAAUGUUUUGGAAAUAGUUAAUUGCAUCUUUGUAUUUGGAUUGUAAAAAAUAAAAAUGUUUUGAUUAUGCA